UAGUGUUUAGUUAUUUUUUUCCUUUCUCAUUAUGAAAAGUUCAUCAACUGCUGAGAUUCUCUCAGUUAAACCAGUUGAUUCGAGUACUCAUUUAGUAAUUAGUGAUCAUGUUGAACGUAAUUACUUACAUGGCAGAGCGUUGAUUAAAUGUGCUUUGGACGGAAUUAAAUUUAAAUUGAAAGAUGACAUUGAUUCGUUGAAAAUAUAUUUCAUCUAUUCAAAUUAUCAUUUCACAUGGUUAACUAAUUUAGCCGUUUUUCUGCUCCUUCUAAUUGCGAUUUGGGAAGAUAUUAGUUUGAGUGUUUUGGAAAAUGGUAAAUAUAAGAAGACCAUAUUAUCCGUUACAAUCAAUUUAGUCGAGAUCGGUUGUUUCUCCGUCCUUUUUGUACGAUUAGCCUUUCUACAUCGAUGUACGCAACUUAAAUUGUUCUGGAUUGACGGUAAAAACAUCUUACAAUUAGGAUUAAUUUUCUUUUCCAUGGUUGAUAUUAUUCUGCAAUCUUCUGCUUCUUAUCAUCAUUUUCCAUUGUUUUCCACUCGAUGGUCACGAUGUCUUAGACCUUUUUUCAUCUUUCUUAUUCCAGAACAGCGUCAGCUUCGCAGGAUAGUUAAGUGUGUUUAUAGAACUUUACCCGAUCAGGUGAACAUUUUAAUUCUUUACUUUUUAUCUCUUGGUUUGUCCUCGAUAAUUGGAUUUAAAUUAUUCUCACAACGUCGACUAUUUGAUCAGAGAACUUUGCCUUUUGAUACAUAUUCCAAUUCUUUGUAUAAUCUUUAUGUUCUGGUCACAACGGUCAAUAAUCCAUCUAUUAUGUUACCAGCUUAUAAUCAGAGCGGAUUCUUUGCUAUAUUUUUUGUCAUAUUCUUGAUAAUUAAUUGGCUUCUCUUCAUGAAUAUAACUCUAGCAGUUAUCUACAAUUCAUACAGAGGACAUUUAAAAGAUGAAAUUUCCAACAUUCAUUCAAUUAAAUUAUCCAACCUUAAUAAAGCUUUCGAAGUGGUAACUGGUUCAUCUGAUAGAUUUGAUCAACAGGCUGGAUUAACUCGGGAACAAUUUAAUCAUAUUGCAAUUGAUGUUCCAGAAUACAAUCCGUCAUUUGGUUCGGUUAAUUCUCGUCACUAUUUGUAUACAGUUUGGUAUCUUUUGGAAACUCAAGGAUUAAUUAAACGUCGUGAAUUUUUAAACAUGAUUGAAUUACCAGUAAUUCAGAUCAAUAUGGUUUAUCCGGUUCGUUCUGAUGAACUGUCCACAUUUGUGAGUCGCUACUUUAGCUCAAUCUACGAUUCGUCAACAUCAAUGAUGUUCCGUAUUGUUAUUCAAAGUGUUUAUUAUCAGUAUACAGCAGAAUUUAUUCUGAUAAUUAGCUUGAUUGUUCUGACAUUUGACAAUUCUCCUGAUCGGAUUGAUUUUGAAUAUUUCGUCAUCAGCUUCUUUGUGUUUGAUAAUUUUGCCAAAUUAUAUUCUCAGGGAUUUAUUAUAUUUUUCAAACAAUUUUGGAAUCUCUAUUCGUUAACUGGAACUAUUUUAGCAGUUAUCAUGAUAUUCAUUGUGAUCUUUGGUUUAGUUGAAGAAUCAAAUAUAGAUCCUUAUUUAAACGUUUUUCUGAUUCUUCUUGUUCUUCCAAUCAUCAGGAUGUUUCGCCGAAUUGAAAGAUUUCAUUCAAUUUUAAACACUUCCCGUUGGAUGAUUCCAUUUAUAAUCGACUUUACAAUCAUCAUAUUUGCAUUGUUUUACUUUUUUGCUAUCAUUGGGAUCAUCUUAUUUGCUCAAUUAAUCAAUUCAGAUCCUUCUGGUUGUCCGGUUGGUUCAAUUGAUUGCUGUCCAUCCAAUUUAACGGAAAAAGGGGUUCGCUUUUGUACAAUUAACUUUAAUUCAAUAGUAACGGCAUAUCUGUUACUCUUUCAACUGUUGGCGGUAAAUGAUUGGCAUCAGUUUGUCAGAAAUUAUGAAAUUAUGACCAAUAGUAAAUAUACUCGAUUAUAUUUUGUCAGUUUCCAUUUGAUUUGUAUCAUUGUGGUUCUCAAUUGUUUCACCGCCUUUAUUAUUGAAUCUUUCAUCUUGGAAUAUAAUAGAGAUGAUGAACAAUCAUCAAUAAUUUCAUCAACACCACCAGGAAUAGAGACCACGUUAAGUAAUAGUCGUUUGAUCAGCAGAAUACGAAGAUUAACCAACAAUAAUCAUCCAAAGGUUAGAUUAGCUUGUAAUCCGAUUGUCAAGCUUUUGGGUAAACAUCAAGGAAAUGAAGUGAUUGCUUUUAAUAUACCAGAAAAUAAUAAUUUCCAUGUUGAAAUUCACGAGGCGACGACAAUUGAAUCCACGCUACUCAGAGUUUUCCAAAAAGAAUUGCUAGAAGAGGAAGAAGAAAGAAAAAAAUUAGAUGAAGUUUUAACCAAAUUAGACAAACAAGAAUCCGAGGAGAAGAAGAAUUAA